AUGUUUUCCUUAAUAACCCAUCUCCUGUGUACCAAACUUCAGUUUCUAUUAAAUAAUAGGCAUCCAUUCCAGCUGUUGUAACAACUCAUUAAAGAACAAAAUAAAAAAAAAUCAUCAUUAAUUGAAGAUCUAGGAUGGCAAAUUAGGAGCAUGUAAUAUCAGUGCACCAUUUCAAUUAUGUAUCAAAUAAGGCAUUGCAAGGUUUGGUAAUUGUACAAUUAAAUUUGAUCUACAACUCAAAGGUUUGAAAAAAGGUUAUAUAAAGGAUUUAUUGCCCUAUUAAUAAAAGUUGAAAAUUCAAAAAAGAAUACGUAUUAGAGCGAAUCUGCAUCAGCCG